GGGGGUUGAACCGAGGACGUGUGGUUUCUUGGAAAAGUAGCAUCUGUAUGAGGAAGGCAAGACUUCUUCUGAUCAUCAGCCACUCUUCAAAAAACCACCGAGACUAUCGCACAGUCAAUUUUAAGUCACACGCUCCGGAUUGUAACCUGCUCCUAAAUUCCCAACCAUGAGGAUAAACGUAUGGAUUUACCCAGCCCUGGUGUGUGUGGUGGUCAGUGUUUUGGACACAGGUUGCUGUAGAAGAACUCAUCAGUCAUUACAGAAGUAUGAGAAGACAGAGAACCACAUGCUGGUUUGCACGGACUGUCCUCAGCCCCCCAUGGUACGAAACAGUAAAUCACAGGAAAACUGUGCCCGGAAGUGCAAAAAAGUCAAGAAAAACUUCAGCUGCAGGGCUUUCAACUUUCAAAAGCACAACAGGAAAUGCCACUUGCUUCCCUUCGACCGUUUCACCCACGGUGUGCAGAAGCAGGCCAACGUUAACUUUACUUUGUAUGAGAAAAAAGAUUAUAUAAGGGAGUGUAUGGUGGGCACCAAGGACAACUACAGAGGGAGGAGGUCUUGGACAAAGUCAAACAUCACUUGUCAAGCAUGGUCUGAUAAUAACAUCAAUGAGCACACGUUUUAUCCUGAUAGGUACCCAGUGCAAGACCUGAGGGAAAACUUCUGUCGAAAUCCCAACAACGAUCCUGGUGGUCCAUGGUGCUACACCACAGACCCUAAUGUACGUGCCGAGGAGUGUGGCAUACCACAGUGUUCAGAAGAAGUCUGCAUGACGUGUAAUGGGGAGGAUUAUCGAGGCAAAAUGGACCAAACAGAGAGUGGCAAGGAGUGUCAGAGAUGGGACUCAGCAAGGCCUCACAAACACCGCUUCCAUCCCAAAAAGUACCGGGACAAAGAUUUAAGGGAUAACUAUUGCCGUAACCCAGAUAACCGUCUCCGUCCCUGGUGCUACACCAUGGAUCCCAAAACUCUAUGGGAGUACUGCAACAUCACUGUGUGUGACUCAGACUUCAGUGAGGACACACAUGGCAAUGUAACAACAUCCUGUUUCCAGGGAAAGGGUACAGAUUACAGAGGCACAAUGAAUGUCACUCCAGAGGGCGUGUCUUGUCAGCGCUGGGACUCCCAGUUCCCUCAUAACCACUCCUUUCUUCCUCAGAACUUCAAAUGCAAUCUGUGUGUGUGUUAUAGAGACCUCAGAGAGAACUACUGCCGUAACCCUGAUGGGGCAGAUUACCCAUGGUGCUUCACUACAGACCCUAACCAGAGGAUAGCCAACUGCACUCAUAUCCCCAGGUGUGAUGCUGAAGAGACACAAAAAAUAGAGUGUUACGAAGACAACGGAGAGACAUAUAGGGGCACUUUAUCCAUAACUCGAUCAGGGAUUCCCUGUGCAGACUGGUCACAUCAUAUAAACAGUGGGGAUUCUCACUCUACAGUAUCCCAUGUAGGGCUGGAGAGGAACUACUGUCGGAAUCCAGACAGGGACAAGCACGGCCCCUGGUGUUACACAAACCCAAAUAACCGCCUGGCUUGGGACUACUGCAAACUGAAGCGCUGUGACCCUCCUCCAGUAACUCCUCAACCAACCACUCUAACUAGGCCCAAGAUAUCAUGCUUCGUGCAUAUAAACACCAGAAUAGUUGGCGGACAUCAAGUGCAAGGUACAGAUGGCAGCUGGGUCGUAAGCAUCCAAAGAGAGAGGGUUCAUUUGUGUGGUGGCUCUUUGAUCAGGGAAGACUGGGUUUUGACAGACCAACAGUGUUUCACCUCCUGUAUUCCAGAUCUCCGGGAGUACAGUGUGCAGGUUGGCCUACGCCACCUCAAUGAGUCCUCAAACCAUCCUAGACUACGCAUCUCUCGUCUGAUUUGUGGCCCAGAAGGAUCUAACCUGGUUAUGCUGAAACUAGCAGAUCCUGCUCCUGUAUCUGAGGGUGCCUCUACCAUUCAUCUCCCAGUAAAAGAGUGUCACAUCGCUGAAGGCACCAACUGUACCAUGUAUGGAUGGGGGGAAACCAAAAGCACAGGGUAUGAUGACAUGCUGAACACUGUUACCAUGCCCAUGGUCAACAGUGAUAUGUGCACACAAAUCAAAGGGGAUGCUGGAGAAAGCCGAAUAUGUGCUGGUGGCAAAAGAGGAGAAGGAGUAUGUGAUAAAGACUAUGGUGGUCCACUGGUCUGUCAGGAACAUGAGCGUAAAGUGAUCAUUGGUGUCAGCAUCCAAAGGACCAAAUGUGCCUCAUCGCAGCCUGCACUUUUUGUUAAUGUUGCUUUCUACUCUGAGUGGAUAUACAAAGUGUUUAAACUUUACCCAAAUCUGGAGAGGAACUAAGGGCACGCUGUGAAAAUCACUGUGAUAAAGGACUAUGUCACAGCCAGCAAGAGGAAGGCCCGAUAAAUCCGAGACCUCUUCAACAUGGCCCCUAGGAAGAACUGAUUAUGAUCAAAGGGAAGUGGCCAUUUCAGGAUUUUGUGCCUGAAUAUUUCAUUUCACAGAGGGGAUCUACACUAGUGAUUGGAGCGAUUCAGACUGGAUAUACCAGAUGUGAUGUUACCCAUUGCAUCAAUUUGCAAAGGAAGGUUGUUGGCCUUAACACCAGUUUUUACAACCAAAGUCAUGGGCACAUGAACAGUGAAAAAAACUCAAUUUUGACAUGUUCAGAAGUUCUGAAGCCAUGCAAUCAAAGACAGUGACUAUGAAACUUGUGACUCAGUAUUGUCUCCUGGGAUAUACUUGAAUAUGGACAGAACCUUGUUCCCUGAGCCCUGGCCUUGUGGGGCUAUGAGUUCACCUUUUAUGUGUUGAGCUGGAUUACAAAAAAAUCUCUUUUUACCUCUAACACAGCUGGUACAGAUGGACAGUCAAAUUUAUCUCCCUUGAUGUCAACAAAAAUACUAAUCUGGUCAUGCAUUUUUCAGUAGCUUGCAAAUGUCACCUUAAAAAUUCUGUUAUUGGAAAAAUAAACAUGGGAUGUUAUUCAGUACCUAAAAGAAUGCCACAAAACUAUGGUAACAGCAAUAAAGAUAAAAUAUCACAAGCAUAGAAUUCAGAGUAAACAUAGAAUAUAACUGUGUCGCCACUAAAAGCCCCUAUAUAGUAUAUUAGGUAAUAUAGUAAUUAGGCAAAUCAAAAUUUGUUGUGUCAUACGAAACCCAAAGAAAGCUCAAAUCUGGCUUUAAAUAUAGCAGCUGUUAAGUAUAUACGAUACACUGUUGCUGCUUAAAAACCUAACGCCAACAGUCUUGGCAUACUUUGAAGUGCUAAUUGUGAGCAGUAGCUGGACUGCUUUUUCCCCAGUUAGCUGUAACUGUCAGUUUCCCUGUGAGAGGGUCCAAACAGGGCUGAGCAAACUGCUUCAAAUCUUAUGCUAAUAUUUGUAGCAUGAGAGAAAGAGAGAAGAGCCAUGCCAAAUAUAACAUGGCUAUUUGGUCUCCUAUUUGGAGGGAACUAUGGCCCCUGGUGGGCUGUGUGUGGUCAGUAGGAUAUUUUAUACUUUUUUUGUUUCGGGGAAAGUGACUCGUUAUGUACUUAACAGCAGAUUUAUGAAGUAUGAGUCUGCUGUGCUGUAAGAUUUUAUAGGUCUUAUAGAUCUGGAAUAUUUUUGAUUCUCUUAGUAACAUCAGAUUAGCUUCUGAUUAUGUUUAUUAUUUAAAGAAAAUGCUUGUGAGGACUAGUUAGUUGUAUUUAUUUUUAAUUAGCAAAGGACACUGUUAAAAACAUAAGUCCUGACUUUGAUGUGAUAUUAAGACUUUUUUUUUCCUGAGACUAUGCAUACUUAGCUUCCAGGUAAUAGCCACAUAAAUAUGGUAUAAAAAGUAAGGCACAGUAUCCCAGGAACAAUAUCAAUUCUUACUUUUUUCGUACUAUAUUAUAAGUCAGUAUGAAAAAAUCUGAUUAUAGGAGAAGUUGAACAUAGAUUAGAAAGAUACAUUUGCAUAUGCAUAAACCCAAAAAGUAGUUAAAAUGUUUUUACAUGAUUUUAGUCUUGAGCUGUGCCCCAUUAAACACAUCAACAUAUUUCCAAAUCAUCACAUUACACAUGAUAACAAGUGAUUAUGCCAAAGUGGACUACUUUCAUCACUGACUUUUCCAUUUGCCCUGAACAUGAUAGCAUUUUACAUAUUUGUGUGGCUGUUAGCUUGAAGACAACUGUUGUAAAUAUCACAUGAAAAUGGUACAUAACAGUAAUAUACAUGCACGUGUCUCUGUGGCCUUCACUGAAUGAAAUCCUCCAGUAGCCUUGUGGUUAUGUAGGUAAUGAAUGAAGCAGCAGUGGAAGGGAAAACCUGAUAUGAUAGGUAAAACCAAAUGUCUUACCAAGUAUUCUUAGUUAUAUGGUGGUUAUAAAAAUGUUGUUGUAAAUUGAUCCGUUUACGUUCUUAUGGCAUUUGAAUUGUUAUUUAAUUUCCUCCUGUGUAAAUAGCCCAGUGCAUUCUGUAAAUUACAAUUUGUAAUUAUUGUAAAUAUAACAAUUAAGUAUUUUUUACUUCAUGAUCAUUCUGUUUAUAUUUGUAUACUGUCGACUUUAACAGCUGCUAUUUUGUGUUAGUGAGUUUCAUAUCUAAGACUUUUUUUCCAGUUUUGUAGCCUUUAUAUUAUUCUGAUUUUAAUAAACAACAUGAAAGUA